UAGGAACAGUUGCAAAAUCUGCGACAAAAUAUGAGAAACUAGAAUGUUAUCUUGAAAGUUGCUGAAAUAAAUUCAAAUAUAUGAAUAAAUUAGUCAGCCAGGUAAACUGAAGAAGAAGAAAUUUUAGCUGAAAGAAUGAGCAUCACAUUCUGGCAUAACCAGAGAUGACUGGGAGAGUCAGAGCCUGGGACAUGUAUCAGCCUCAGUGUCUUGGGCCAUUUUGGCAGAUUUUAAAUUGCCUACUUCUGCUGCUAAUCCAAAAGGAUAUACUUUGCUGUCCAUCUGUUUGCCAGCACUGUACAGGCAGACAAGCUGACUGCCGUAAUUCAGGCCUAUCCUCUAUUCCAAAGAAUUUCUCACAAAAUACUAUAUUUUUAUAUUUAAGUGGGAAUAAUAUAUCGUACAUAAAUCCAAAUGAACUGAUCAACCUUCACCAGCUUGCUGUGUUACACUUGGAUAAUUCUAGUAUUUUAUAUGUGUACCCGAAAGCAUUUGCUAAAUUUAAGAAACUGUGGUACCUACAUCUGAAUAAUAAUCAAAUAAAACACCUGGAUGGCGGAACAUUUGAAGGACUUUCAAAUCUUCAUUCUUUAUAUCUGCAAAAUAAUGAAAUUGCUUUUGUUCCUGGAGGAUUAUUUAGUGAUCUCACUUCAGUUCAGUAUCUAAUGCUUCAAAGCAAUCAUCUCAGCAUCCUUGGUAAUGGCACUUUCUUUGGAAUGAUUAGACUUCAGAUUCUUAACCUAGCUAACAAUAAUAUUUCAUGGAUAUCACCUGCAGCAUUUCAUCACCUUGACAGCCUUACACGUUUAUUCCUUGGAGGAAACAGUUUAACACAUGUGCCAUCAAAUGCCCUUGUGGUGUUGAAAAAUCUUGAGAGACUUUCAUUGUCGCUUAACCCUAUUGUUUCAAUACCUCCCUUUGCAUUUGAAGGACUUGACAGCCUUCAGUAUCUGUCCUUAAAGAGUGCAAACAUAAAGGCAAUCAGUGUGAAUGGUUUUUCAGGGCUGAAGAAUCUUAAAAAGUUAAUUUUGAGCAAUAAUAAGUUAGAAAGUAUUGAUUCCAAUACCUUUGGAUUGUUGGAUAAUUUAAUGUAUCUGCAACUUGAUAGAAACAAAAUAAUCAAUAUUGCAGAUGAUACUUUUGAAAAAAUGGGAUCCUCUUUGAAGAUACUUAAUCUGGCAUUUAAUAAUCUUACAUCUUUGCAUCCUAAAGUGUUUGAGCCUUUGGAAUCCUUAAUUCAUUUACAGGCAAAUUACAAUCCUUGGAAUUGUAGCUGCAAAAUGUUUGGGCUAAUUAAAUGGCUAGCAUCUUCUCCUGUCUCUGUAAAAAUUCAGUGCCAAAAUAUUGCUAGUUUGCACGGAAGGCACCCAAAUUACACUAAAUGGGGUUCAUUUAGAAACUGUUUCAAUGCUACCAGAAGUCCUGAAAUAAUCAACAGUGUUAAACCAGCAGGUACCAGCACCACCGCUUUAUUGAUGGCAUGGCAUAAAAAUUACACAAACAGUACAACCUAUGAACAUUUGACUAUUCAUGCAAACACAGUGACUUUAUGGACAGAAGCAUCUACAACAUCUAGUCAAAAACUUUAUGAAGAAUAUUCCAAUGGGAACCUGGGACAAGCAGCUUCAAUGUUAACUGCACAAAUACCAGCCCAGAAUUUCCUUGUGAAUUUGACCAUGGAAGAAAACAGUAUAUCUCCUCCAGAAGCUGCUUCUGUGUCGUUUAAAACGGCUUUAAUCUGUGCACAGCAGGUUGAGAAACUAAAUCAUGCCUUUGAUACAUUAUUAACUUUUUUUAUUUUGGCUUGUGCUGUGAUCAUCUUUUUGAGCUACAAAAUCAUUCAAUUUAGGCAGAAGCUCAGAGUGCAAAAGAACAAUGACAAUGGAAUAGAAUACUAUGGCUUUUAUCAAGCUGGUAGCUACAGUGUAGCUAAUUCAACUGGACAUGCACCUCAGAAUCCACUGGGAGGUUCAGAACCAGAACACAGUCAACUUUCUAAACCAGCACCACUGGAAAAUCAAGCACAAGUCAUCUUGUUUGAACAUUCCGCAUUGUAGUAUGCUUGGCAGGAUUUGGGACCUGUGUGUGCAAAAUGAUGUUUUAUGAAUAUGGUGUUUUAUGAAUAAUGGUUUCACUGCUGAUAUUUGGAGAUGGGGAUCUCAACCUGCUUUUCCCCUUCGAACACUGGGAUUAGUUUUUGUCAUUUCAAUGGCUGCAUUUUUAUAUGAUCCUUAAUUUUAUUCUAUGUUAUGAUGCUUCUGUUGUAUUCUUUCUGUGGAAAACAAAUAUUUUCAGUGGAGAUUUUUUUUAAGCUUACGUAGUACAUGUAAAUUUAUAGCUGAUUACUAACUUUGCGUUGAUACAUGUUCAGUGUACUUCCUACAACAUAUACUAAAUACUUCAUGUAAAGCUCAUAGCCUUUUCAUAUAUUCAUUAGUUUUAAAUGAUAGGUGCAAUAUAAGACAAUAUGCAGAUAAAUAAAUAAAGCUGCCUUACUAUCAGGCCCAUGAAAUGUCAUCAUUUUGUGGGACUAAGUAGUUGUUCCUGAAAGAUCAUGAAAUGAUACCACUAGUGAAAUGCAUCAUGAUUUAUCUGUAGAGCACAAUAGUUAACUGAGUUUGAGAUGACUUUUAUCAUUAGCUGUAGUAGAUAGUCUUCAGAAGAAAAAAAAUAUGUUUAAAUAUAUAAAAUGUUUGUGUAUUCUUUCAUACAUUUUUGCCAGUUGUGUAUGUGAUGCUAAUUCAAGAAGUUCCUAGAGUGAAAUCUUUCCAAAACAAUUCAUGGGAAGUGAUUUUUGCUAGUGCCUCCUUCUCUUUGUACCGAUCACAAUACUGUUCCAUAGGAUUGGGAUGCCUUCAGAACAGUGUAAAGGUAAAGGUUCCCCUUGACAAAUGUCCAGUCGUGUCCAACUCUAG